AUGUUUAGGCCCCAAUGCAAAAAUGUACAUAAAAUUGUUGAUUUUCCAAUUUUUCCUGCUCGCCCCGACGUCGGGCCUCUCCAGGCAUCCGAAACUCUUGCUCAUCUCGUUCGACGGCUUCCGAUACGAUUUAUUGGACGAAGGACUCGUGAGUUUUUCAAAAAAAGUUUCGAAAUUUUGCAGUUUUUGUUUUUCCGGUGCCAAACAUUCACAAAUGGGCGUCAGUGUCGACGUGGUUCACUUCGGGCCUAAAAUCGCAAUACGUGACGUACACGGCGCCGAAUCACAUGAGCAUCGCGACCGGACAGUACGAGGAGGAGCACGGCAUCGUCGGCAACUACUUUUUCGACUCGGACACCAAAAAAAUGUACGGAAAACACGGAAAUCUCCGCAAGAAAUGCAAAAAAAAAACACAUUCCAGGUUCGACUACUUUAAUUCCACAAAAAAAGAGGGUGUCGUGAACGCGUCGCGCGCCGAUUUCUGGUUCAAAUCCGAUCCGAUUUGGCUGACGAACGAGAGAUGGGAGUCUUCGCGACGCUCCGCCUCCUUCUACUGGCCCAACGGCGAAUCGCAGUUCCCCUACAUUCCGCAUAGGCCAAAAAUUGCAAAGUUAGUGUGUGACAUUUAAAAAAAUGGGAGAAAAAUCAAUUGUUUCCAGGCCGUGGACAGUGGUGGGCGACCUGAAAUCGUGGAUGCAAGACGCCGAUGAUGUCAUCGACGCGUUCGUCCGCGAAAAAGAGCCCCUCAAUUUUGUGGCGUGGUACGUGGCGGAACCGGACGAUACUCUCCACAAAAACGGAUUCCACAACGGAGAAUUGGAGAAAACGCUCAAGAAAUUGGACGAUCUCUUCCUUUAUUUCAUCGAAAAAUUCGAUGAUCACGAUUUGGGAGCGGAAGUGAACAUCAUUUUGACGGCCGAUCACGGACAUGCGGAGAUUAAAGGUUCUUUUCAUGGAUUUCUGUAUUAAAACUCCCUUUUUUUUGCAGACGAAAAGCACGUAAUGUGCGUGAAAGACUACGUGACGGGCGCCGGCUUCGAGAUGGGCGAUCACAUGAUCUACCCGCAUUCGGACGAGAUCGGCCGACAAAUAUACUCAAAUCUCUCGGAAGCCAUCAAAAAACACGGAUACGACGUGAACAUUCACUGGAAAGAGGAAAUUCCCGAGAGAUGGCACUACCGCAACAGCUCCCGCAUCGGAACAAUCAUUUUCGAGCCACAAGUCGGAUCGGCCAUCUCUUUCUCGUGUACCAAAGACGAUUUGAACAGGUUUCGUUGAUUUUCGCACAGAAAAACGGCGAACUUUUCCCGUAAUUUUUUCAGCAAAUACGGCGAAAACGGAACGACUCGUUUCAAUUCGUCGACGCACGGAAUGGACCCGGAUCGGCCGGAAAUGCGCGCGUUCUUGGUGAUGAGAGGACCCGCUUUCUCGGAAAAUUAUACGGUCAUUCGAAAAUUUCGCAAUUUUUUUUUCAAAAAAUUCUGAAAAAUCAAUUACAGGUGGCGGACAUUCCGAACAACGUGGAUCUCUACAGUAUAAUGUGCCACGUGCUUGAAAUCACACCGUCGGAACAUAACGGAACGAUGGAAGUGGUAAAGAGGGCGCUGAAGGAGAAUCGAUACCUUCCGAUGCGCCACGGAUUCAUGUUCAAUCAGAUUACGGUUAGUUUAUAAUUUUUCCAGAAAAACCGUUUGUAAAAUGGUUGUUUUCAGGAUUCGUGGAGCUUCUCGAUCAUUCUCAUCCCGUCGAUGUGCAUCGUCAUCGUCUUUUUCGGCUAUGGCUGCAAGAACACCGUGCUGAAAUCGGAUCCGAACUGGGGAAGAGCCGACAAUGUGCAAGGAUAUCGACCGUUGAGCAAUCGAACGAACGAGGGAUUCGAAUUGAACGAUGAAGACGAAGAAGAAGAAGAAGAAGAAGAAGGAGAAGAAGCAGGAACGAGAAACGGGCGGAACGAAACGGAUUUGGAACGGGGACGGCGGACGCAGCAACAGGGAGGCGGCGCUCUCGGACAUGUAUGUUUUUUUUAACUGUUUUUUGAUUUUUGUAGGAAAAAUUGGCACAGUAAUUGAAUCGUGCAUUCGAAAACAUUAAACAUUUGCUGAAAACGCGGCAAAUCGUAUUUUAGCAAACGUGGCCUAGAAUCCGAUAGAGUUUUGUAGGCCAUGUCUGUCAAAAUGCUAAUUUUUAUGUAAUUAUUGAGCCAAAAACGUUUGCAGCUGAACAACGGAAGUGUGACAAUGUCGGGAUUGUUGGACGAGAUGAGCGACGACGAUAUUUGA